AUGGACACAUUUACCCACUUCAUGCAUAAAAAUAUGCUUUUAACACAAGCUACCAACUUAGUUGUGUUUAUGUGUGAAGUCAUAUUGUGCAUGGUUACUGGGGUCAUGAUCAUGGAAGUAGAGCCAGAUAUAGAUGUAGAAGAUGAAGCUUCUACUUGUCAGAGAUCUGUACCCCAGAAGCCUCCAUCACAGCCAGCGCCGAACAUUGUUUUUGACACAGAUCCGGCGUUUUUCUCUCCUGAUGAGAAAUUGAAAGUGGGUGUUAUUAGAGAAGAAGAUGGGACUCAGGUCUUUCUGUGUAUGUACUGUCGAAUGAGAUGUGAGACGGCGCUCUCUUUGAAAAUGCACGUCCGUGUGUAUCACAUGCCUGUGUUGGUGUAUGACAAUGGGUUGGGAACUGUGGAGACUAGGUAUCGUAUGGGCAUUAAACUUCAGAAUACAACAUCAACUGAGUUUUCUACGACUGAAAAGCCAUUUGCUUGCCUCUUCUGUGAAUCGUCAUACAAACUUCAGAGUUCCCUGCAGUCGCACUUCAGAGAACAUCACAGUCCUCAUAAGCCUUUCCAGUGUCUAGAGUGCAAAGAAGGCUUCCGACGACCCAUAGAACUAUCGAGACAUCGAUUGUAUAGGUGCCCUGGUGUUCAAGUUGCAUUUGAAACAUACAUUACACAACCAGUCAAAGGAGGAUGUUGUGAGCUGCUCAAAAAUGCAAGAACCCAUGCUGGCAGAAGAUCAUCUCAAGUUAGCAAAGGAGAGCAAAGCGAUAUACGACUCUCCAAGGCGGUUGAAGAAAGACUGGUGCGUCACGAGGUUCUAAGCCUGGUCAGUGACCAACAUUUACCUCGUAUACACGAGUUGCCAGAUGCCACAGAUUCCUUGCUUUAG